AUCUAUAUAUAAUGUAGUCAACUAACACUGAGGCAAACGUUGGCUUCACCUUCAAGCUCAAGUUGUGUAUUUCGAUUGUGUUGAUUGGAAAAACAAAAUGCAUCGCCUUCUACUGAUGUGUUGUAUAUCUACAGUACUAACUAUUUCUGAAGCAGCGAAUGUAGGCAAGAGAGAUGAGCAAUGCGCCGUGCUGGAAGAGUGCCCUUCUUACACAUUGGGCUUAGAAGUACUUGCCUAUCUUUCCUUACCAGACGGAGAACAAUACGAACAGCUUUGCCGGAAGAACGAUGACCUACAAAAGUGUUUUGACGACAACAAAGAUGACUGCGAAGAUGAGUUUUUCUUAGCCAAGGUUAUGAGAGGACCUGAGGCGUUAAAUUUCAUUUGUUCGGCAGAGGGCAAAGAAGGGCUAGAUUCCAUCUCAGACUCUCCGUGUGUCAACGAUCAAACUACUCUCUUGUCAGCCAAAAAAGGGUGCACGAAAAGCGUCCAUUUUAAUUCGAGUUUGUCCUCUUACAACGACAUGUCUUUUGAUGAAGUGAAUGAGCACUUAAAUGUUUGCUCCUACUUAGAUCAAGAAAAAACUUGCAUUCUGGAAUCACUAAAAAAUCGUUGUGGCCAAAACUUUGGCAACUUUGCUAAAAAACUUGUUGACAUUUACUACCAGCCUUCGGCUGAGGUGCUUUACUGUGAUUAACAAGCUUGUCAGAUCCGUUCUCUGGAAUCGAGAAUCGUACCCCUUAUCCUUUCUGGUGCUGGAAGAAGACGUUAAAUUUCAACCAGCUUCACGAUUCAAAUCUUAUGAUGUCCAAAUUUUUUAAAAAUAUGAAUUAGUGAAAAUACUCAUAUUUAACUAUGUCCAAUAUAUUUCAAAAAUACUCUUUUCAAAUAUUUGAAUCAAGGAAUAAAAUAAUUAUUGAUGUGUU